AUGUCCGCCAUUGCUGCCACGGAUGCCCUGCGUUCCCACCUUGCCUACAAACCACAACCUCUGAAAUUCGGCACCAGCGGUCGCCGUGGCGAAGUCAUCCAUUUGACUCAGCUCGAAAUCUACACGAAUGUUGUCGCCGAAAUCCGUUACCUCCAAGCGCUCCCGCAACCCGAAGGCGGUAUCAAUGCCGGCGACGACUUUUAUUACGCGUACGACCUUCGCCCAAGCUCUACAGCGUACGUGGAAAAUGGCCGCGGCGCCCUCUGCCAAGCUGUCGAGCGGGCCUUGAAGGACACAGGCAUGCGCCCUAUUAACCUGGGUGCGAUCCCUACGCCGGCCCUCACGUACUGGGCCCUUAAGCAUGGCAAGGGCAGCAUUAUGGUCACGGGCAGCCACAUCCCCUUCGACCGCAAUGGCUACAAGCUAAACACCUCCAAAGGCGAGCUGAUGAAGAAGGACGAACAGCCGAUCAAUGACACAGUUGCAACCACUCGCGAAGAGCUGCUCUCACAGGCCUACGUUGACUCGCCGUUCAAUAGCCAAGGCGUCUUCCGUAACGCACAAUCCGACCUGCUCCCCGUCACGGCCGCCGGCAGAAAGGCCUAUAUCCAGCGCUACCUGGAUUUCUUUGCAGGAGAGCAGCUCCAGGGCGUAAAGCUCCUUGUAUACCAACACUCUGCUGUUGGUCGUGAUCUUCUAGUUGAGGUCUUUCAGGCGCUUGGGGCCCAGGUCACGCCUGCCGGCCGGAGCGACACGUUCGUGCCAAUCGAUACCGAAGCCAUCGACCAGGCCCAGCUCGAUACCGUCCAAAAGCUGUGCGAUCAGGCCGGCCAGAAGUUCGAUGCUAUUGUAUCCACGGAUGGGGACAGCGAUCGUCCACUGCUUAUUGCUCCUGACGGAGACGCCCUCUGUUUCUUUGGCGGUGACCGUUUAGGCAUGAUUGUAGCUGAGUUUCUGGGCAUCGGCGCUGCCGUCGUCCCAAUUAGCACCAACGAUGCGAUCGAUCGGGGCCCGAUAGCCGCCAUUACCGAACCAAAGACCAAAAUCGGCAGUCCCUAUGUAAUCGCGGGGAUGCAGCGGGCGACUGGUAAUGGGCGUCAGCGCGUCUGUGGAUGGGAGGCCAACGGCGGCUUUCUGACAGGCGCGGACAUCGAACGCAAUGGUCACGUGCUCACCGCGCUUCCCACAAGAGACGCGUUCCUCCCUCUCCUCUGCGCGCUGUUCGCGGCCCACAACCGCCAGACCACGCUGCCCCAACUCUUCGAGACGCUGCCCCGCCGUUUUAGCCGCGCUGCCUUGCUCCGGAACUUCCCUCGUGCAACAAGCAUGAAAAUCAUCCAGCGCUUUUCACCCCCAGAAGCAUGGAUGCAAGACGUCCAUUAUUCUCCUGACCAUGUUAUUAUGGUUCGCGAUGCUGAUGGAGCUACGCGCGAACUGCCAGAGGAGUCUUACGCCGAGCAGCUUGACCAGAUUCGUCGCAACGUCCAGACUGUGUUCUCUGCAGAUUCCGGCUUUACUCCAGUCGCCCAGAUCAACUAUACCGAUGGAGUUCGGAUCAUCUUUGCUAAUGGCGAUGUCGCUCAUUUCCGUCCAUCUGGUAACGCCGAUGAACUGCGCAUCUACGCUGUUGCUGACACGCAGGAGCGCGCCGACUCGAUUGCCAGCCAGGGAGUCGCGGAGCCAGAUGGCCUCCUCAGGCGUUUAGAGCUGACGGUACGGGACUAG